AUGAACGUUCUGUCCAACCAGAUGCUCAGAAGCUCCCAGGAGUCUCUCUGCGGGGCUGACUCCGUGCAGGACCUGGCCCGUUACCCCCGUGCUUUGGCCUCCCGCCUGACCCACCAGGGGGGGCCGCGCUCCUCCAAAGCCCCCCCAAGAGAGCUGUGCCCACAGGAGCAGCAGGAGCUGAGGAGGAAGAUCAACAGUCGGGAGAGGAAGAGGAUGCAGGACCUGAACGUGGCCAUGGACGCCCUGAGGGAGGUGAUGGUGCCGUACGCCACCUCCCCCUCCUCAUCCCCAUGCGCGCCCGCCCACCAGCCGGGCGCCCCUCCCGGUCGCAGGCUCUCCAAGAUCUCCACGCUGGUCCUAGCCCGGAAUUACAUCCUGCUGCUGGGCUCGUCCUUGCAUGAGAUGAGGCGGAUGCUGGGCGAGCUGAGCGCGGGGGCGGGGCCGGCCCUGGCCCCCCGGCUGCUGCUGACGGGAGGCUGGCCCCUCGUCUCGGGCCCCGGUCAGCUCCUCCUCGCCCGGGAGUCCUUCCCCGCCUCAUCUGCCAUCAAGUGUCCCCUGCUCUCUUCCAUGGAGGCCCCGCCGGCCCCGGUGCAGUGGGCGUCUGGGCUUCCCUCGGGGGUGCCCCUGUGCCCGUGCAGCGUGUGCAGAAUGCCCAGGUUCAGACCACACGGCCCCCCUCCGAGAUUCCCAAAGUGA